AUGGCAGUCGUUAGAUAUCGACGCAUUAUCAUCGAUAAGUUCUCUUUAACCUUCAUCUUUCACCAACGUUUCAGUUCCUUCACUUCGAAUUCCACCGCCCACCCCACGGCGGCGCCGGCGGCAAUCAACCCGGCUCGCCUCCGCCGCGUCUGUACCGUUCUCUAUCAGCAACAGAACUCCCCCGAUCCCAGGCUCCAUUCCAAACUUCGCGCCUGUAAUUUCAACCUCUCCCACGAGUUCUUCCUCCGGGUCUGCAACACCUUCCCUCUCUCAUGGCGUCCGGUUUACCGCUUCUUCCAGUUCACCGAAACCGACCCCAAUUUCACCCACACGGCGGUCUCUUUCAAUAAGAUGAUUGACGUCGCCGGAAACUCCCGGAAUAUCGGUCUCUUAUGGGUCUUGAUUCAGGAGGCGGGGCGGCGGCGUUUGGUGACUGAUAAGACCUUCGUCAUCGCUCUGAGAACACUGGCGGCGGCCAGAGAAUUGAAGAAGUGUGUGGAGUUUUUCCAUUUGAUGGAUGGAUAUGGGUUUGGUUAUAGCUUAGUGACUCUGAACAAAGUAGUGGAGAAAUUGUGUAGUUGUAAACUUGUGGAUGAGGCUAAGUUUCUGGUUUUCAAAUUGAAGGAAUGGAUAAAGCCAGAUGGGGUUACUUAUAAGUGGUUGAUUAAGGGGUUUUGUGAAGUGGGGGAUUUGAUUGAGGCCUCAAAGUUGUGGAACUUCAUGGUGGAUGAAGGGUUUGAACCAGACAUGGAAGCUGUGGAGGAGAUGAUGAAUGCUCUCUUCAAGACCAACAAACCUGAUGAAGCUUUGAAGCUUUUUCAGGCAGUGAGAUCAAACAGGAUGAAUGAUCUGAUUCCUUCAACUUAUAGUCUUGUGAACAAAUGGUUAUGUAACAAAGGCAAGGUGAGGCAAGCAUAUGUGGUGUUUGACGAAAUGCAUAAGAGAGGCCUUGAAACUGAUAAUUCAGCACAUUCCUCACUGAUUUAUGGGCUUUUGGCAAGAGGGAGGAGGAGAGAGGGUUACAGGAUCAUGGAGAGGAUAGAGAAUCCUGAUUUGGGUGUGUACCAUGCUUUGAUCAAGGGGCUUUUGAGGUUGAGGAGGGCAAAUGAAGCCACCCAAGUUUUCAGGGAAAUGAUAGAAAGAGGGUGCGAGCCUAUAAUGCAUACAUAUGUUAUGUUGUUGCAGGGGCAUUUAGGAAAGAGAGGGAGGAGGGGAUUCGACCCACUUGUGAAUUUUGAUACCAUUUUUGUUGGGGGUUUGGUGAAGAAUGGGCAGUCAUUGGAGGCCACAAAGUAUGUGGAGAGGAUGAUGAAAAGAGGAGUUGAAGUGCCAAGGUUUGACUACAACAAGUUUUUGCAUUACUACUCAAAUGAGGAGGGAGUGGUGAUGUUUAGAGAGGUGGGGAAUAGGUUGAGAGAAGCUGGGUUGGUUGAUUUGGCUGAUAUAUUUCAGAGGUAUGGGGAGAAAAUGGCCACUAGAGAUAGGAGGAGAAAUCGGGCAACAGUGUCAUCUGUGAUAUGAAAUGCAUGCCCUUUUGGAUUAUGGAUCAUUUCAUGACUUCGAGCAACAUAUCGUUGUAUCGAGUUUGAAAUCAUUGAUGGUCAGAAGAAAUAGAUAAGACCUCAUGUAGAGUUCGAAUGAGCCAGAGUAUCCAUAAGAUUGUGAGUUCUAAAGGCUCUAGCCACUGGGACCGGCCGAGAAUGUUUUCAACUCAGUCGAAAAGUUGCAACAUUGGGAACCGUACCGUGAUGAAAUGCAAGUGUCAAUCCGUUUGUGAUGGAAUUGCAGACUACAGCCAACAUAAAUUAUAAACAAUGUACAGAGARUUUUCAUAUGCUUCAGCCAUGUGAAAUAAUCUUUUCAGAAAUGGUUUUUGCCAGACAAGUUGCUGCAUGAAUAGCGAUCUACAGCUUCUGCUGUGUCAUAGAGAAUUGCCCAGCCAUUAUAAUCCAUUUUGUAAAUUCAAAUUAUUGUGGUUUAAAUAUUAUUUUGGUCCA